CAAAAAGUAAAGAGAAUCGAAUCGGAUCGAUUGAUCAUAGAGAGAAAGAAGAAGAAAGUCUCUCUCUUUUUUGUUUCCGAAGUCAGUGAGAGAGAAGAAGAAACGUUUGAGUUCUGAUGAGUUCUGGAGGAAUCGUGGCUGGACCAACAGCAGCAUCAGCAUCUCUGCCUUCAAGCGGAGGUGGAAACGUGGAGUGGCACGUCAGACCACCCAACCCUAAAAAUCCAGUCGUCUUCUUCGACGUCUCUAUUGGUGGUAUCCCUGCUGGUCGUAUCAAGAUGGAGCUUUUCGCUGACAUUGCCCCCAAAACAGCUGAAAACUUCAGGCAGUUCUGUACUGGUGAACUCAGAAAGGCUGGGAAGCCUCUUGGUUACAAAGAGUGUCAGUUUCACAGAGUCAUCAAAGAUUUUAUGAUUCAAAGUGGUGACUUUCUCAAGAAUGAUGGGAGUGGAUGCAUGUCAAUCUAUGGCCACAAGUUCGAUGAUGAAAACUUUACUGCCAAACAUACUGGACCAGGAUUGCUCUCCAUGGCAAAUAGUGGGCCAGACACAAAUGGGUGCCAGUUCUUCAUCAGCUGUUCAAAAUGCGACUGGCUUGACAACAAGCAUGUUGUCUUUGGGAGAGUUCUUGGAGAUGGUUUAUUGGUGGUGCGGAAGAUUGAGAACGUGGCUGUUGGACCAAACAACCGUCCUAAGCUUGCUGUUGUCAUUACAGAGUGUGGGGAGAUGUGAAAUGCUUUUUAGCAAAUGAGAAAAACUUGAAAAACAGAGUCUUUUGAAGGAGGGAAUGUAGUGAGAGGCCAAAGCUUUAUUUUAUAGUUAUAAACCUUACGCAUGUGUGACAGAAGCUAAACGUUUGUCAUUUAGUUUUUCUUUCACUUUAGUUGUCAUCAUUUCCCAAAGCAAAGCCACUUGUAAACUUUGUUUUAGAAAUCAUUAACUUAUGAGUGAAAAUGAGCCAUUUUAUAUUCAUAGCUA